GCUAAUGAUCUUCAUAUCUCCUUUAUUAAUCUGACAAAAGGCAGCUGUCAGACAGUAAUUAGGAAUUUUAAGUAGUCUAAAUCAUGAUGGAUUUCCAGUUUCAUCCAUUUAGGAGUAAUUCACUGAUGCACAUGGUUGGUGCUCUCUGGCUUGUGAAUAUUUGCUUUGCCACUGACAAAGCUGUAGAAAGCCUGGUUAGGUUUUUCUCUUUGAGUUGACACAUUGACAGCUGUUUGAAAAGCGUGCAUUCAAUACACUGUUUACAUUCCAACACAAACACACCGGGAUAUUCUGGAGCAAAAUUAAGCCAGUAUUGCCUCUCCUGUCUUCAUACAGUGUUUCAUACAGUGUUUCAUACAGUGCUUGUAUCUCAGAGCAUAAUGUCUUAGAGUCUUUGGGAUGUGUGCCGUCUGUCAGUGAGGUCAUCUGCUAUGAAAUUAGACACAUGACCAUGCUGUGCCCACGUUGAUAUUACUAUAACCUGAAAUGAGUCACCAACAUGAUAAAAAUAACAGCUUUGUUUUAAUGAUACUGUCUCUUCAAGUGUUUCUCAUUUGGACUAUUAGCUACAGUGUUGUAGGCAGAUAAUAAUUCCCCCGGGGUAAUGAGCUGAGACAGACUCUCUCAGCUCAAAUCCUAACCUUAACUGUAGGUCAGAAAAUUGGGCAAGUACCUGUAACACAUGGAUGACUCUAUGCAGCCCUUGUAUUUAUAAUCAUUGCUCGACCCAAGUAGAAAAUAUAAUUGUUUAUGGGCAGUUUGGGAUUAAUACCAGAGUGCCAGACUGGUGUGUGAUGUAACCGACUCACACUCAACUACAACAGUCUGUUAAUUAAAUAAUUGGAUCACUCCCCCUCUCAAUCUUGCAAAAAUGUAUCAAAUCUACAACUGACCAUUCACUACUAAACCCUCCCCCGAGCAGUGAUUGUCCAAUCAUAGCUUAGCAACAGUAACUAGGCAAGCCACAUGCCAAAACCAUAUUUAGAGUUUUGAGGGUGUUUUUUUAAUUCUUUUUCCAAAACUCAAAACAGAAGAAAAGACCAAGGAAUACAUUAAACAGUGUGUUUAUCUACUCUAACUUAAACUGCACAUGUUAGUGUUCCUGGCUAACUAGCUUAGUUGUAAUCUCGUGUUAUUUACAAACACAAGGGGCAUGUCAUUAGGUAACUAUAUUAUUAUGUCAUCUUGACAAGUACAACAGUAGUAACUAAAGGGGUGGGACCUAGCUGCAGUCACAGAACAUGUACAUCACUCCGUGCUAGCUUGCUUUAGUAAGCUUGUCUGAGAGUUUUUCAGUCAGCCUGGGCCCACUCUGUCAGUGUGUCUGUGAACCAAGAAGAGCAAAGAGAGCAACAGGAGAAGGCGAGGACCAGCAGACUUUAGUGCACCGGGGUACAAGUAAGGGCCUCAGAUCAGUUGUCAUCUCAGUAGACGUUAUCAUGGGGGGCUGCUUCUGGAAGGCAAAAUUAGAUUUGUUUUUAAUAGUUUGUAACUUAACAGUACUUGCAGCCAUUAACUAAAGGUCAGUAACGGUAAAAAAGGGACAAAGGUUUUGUUCCAUGUGUGAUGGGCAUGCUGUUUUGUUGGCUAGUUUUAUUACAGUUGUGUCAAGGCCAGUAAUAUUACUUCCGUGACCACUUGUCUCUUAUUCUUUUUGUAAAUGUGCAAUGAUUUGUGGUUUCAGGUUUGCGUUUUAAUAUCAUGCGAAACACGUACAAAGCUGUUAUCUUAGGAGUGGUAAGGUUGAGGAAAUAUAAUAUAAUAACAUUUCCUCCCAUAAAGGAGGUAGAGCUAUGGUUGUUGCUACUGCUGAUGCUGAUGAUAUUGAGCUAGAGCUCUCCUUGCUAUUUUAUGUUUUAAUGACAUGUUGGAGUUUAUUAUAGUGCUCUCUUUUAAAUAUACUGUUUUAGUGGAUUGUUUUGGCUGCUUAAGAGUUUCAGGAACCAAACGCUGUUCAGAAGCUGGCAGAGCACACAGGAGUCAGGACAGAUCCCGUGUGUACAGGCUAUCCAAAUGUUAGGCAGUGCUUUAUCUGAAAAGAUAUGGGAUCCUUUUACUUUCCCUAGAUAAAUAGAGUUUAAAAAAAGUUGAUGAGUGAACCCUUACACAAGUUAGAUAAACAGUACUACAAAGAACGGCUAACAUGGAAAAUUACAAGUUACAUUGUGUAAUACUAUAAACUAUCAAUAGUAAUAGUGUUUUUAACAGAUAUGCUGUUAUGGUAUUUAUGCUAAUAUGUUAAUGUGAUGUUCUAAUGGACGAGCUCACACAUCGUUAAAUCAUCAUCUCAGAUUCUGGUGUGUGUGUGUGUGUGUGUGGUGGCCAUCGGGGGUUACCUUUCUUCCCAGUAGCCAGAGGAUCAUUAUGUAAUGUGUUGUCACGGAGAGUGUUGUGGUGUUCUUGUUGUUGUUGUUUUUUACACAGCAGCUGAUCGGCCUGACUGUUCCAGCAACUCUCACGGUUUAUGAUCUGUCUACUGGCCUCACUCUGAAUCCCUGGUAACCAUGGAAACCAAGUUCGGAGAGAGUCCACACACAGAUGUCUCCAUCCCCAGCCCACCGAGUGAAGCUGUGGCCAAUGUGCUGCAAGAGUUGUCCCUGCAGCCUGGCCCCAACCUGCUGCCAGUCAAAGAGAGGAAGGAUGUUCUCCAGCUGAAGCUACAACAGAGACGGUCCAGAGAGGAGUUGGUCAACCAGGGGAUCAUGCCGCCACUGAAAAGUUCAGCUUCCUUCCACGAACAGAGACGGAGCUUGGAACGAGCACGGACUGAGGACUAUCUCAAGAGGAAGAUCAGGAGUCGACCCGAGCGAUCUGAACUGAUCAGGAUGCACAUCCUAGAGGAGACGUCAGCAGAGCCGUCACUUCAGGCCAAGCAGCUGCAGCUGAAGAGAGCUCGUCUUGCAGAUGAUUUGAACGAUAAGAUCUCCCACCGGCCAGGGCCCAUGGAGCUGAUCCACAAAAACAUCCUGCCUGUUCACUCCAGCAUUAAACAGGCAAUAAUAGAGACACAGUUUCCAAAGGCUUCAGGAGAUAACUCGUCAUGUGAUGACGACAGCAAUUACAGUCUGUCUCCAGAACAGCCAAUAAACCAGGAGUCUCCUCUGGGCCUACUACCUCUGCCCUCUCCACCAGAGACACUGGCUGGAAGCAGCAUCCCAUCUCCUACACAGGUUGCUCCUCCUGCACCUCCUCCCCCACCUAUCUCUGGAUCCCCCCCCACACUGAAGCUGACCAAUGGGAUUACAGCACCAUCUGCCCAGAGUACAGGGGCGAUCUCACAGAUCAAGUACCAGCCUAAACCAAACUCUGACCGCUCUGCACACAGUAAGAAACCAAAGGACAACAAGCCAAAGAUUAAAAAGUUAAAGUACCAUCAGUACAUCCCUCCGGACCAGAAGGGCGAUAAAGAGCCUCCUCCCCAUCUUGACUCAUCUUAUGCCAAAAUCCUCCAGCAGCAGCAGCUCUUCUUGCAGCUCCAGAUUCUCAAUCAGCAGCAGCAGCACUACAACUACCAUGCCAUCCUGCCUGCACCACCCAAACCUCAGAUGGAUCAGCAGCCCUCUUCCUCCUCAAAUUCCACGACCAUCUCCUCCCCACCUCGACCUGUCGCCGCCUCUUCAACAGCCCCCUCUAACCAGGGCGGUCACAGCCGUCAGAGUUCUGCUUCUUUGGGUGGAACAAAACCAGCAUUUCUACCUCCAAACCUGGAUGAAAUGAAGGUCGCGGAACUGAAGUCCGAGUUGAAGCUGCGCAACUUGCCAGUCUCCGGCACCAAAAACGACCUCAUUGAGAGGCUGAGGACCUACCAGGAACUGAAUGGAGGCAGUGACACUACCUCCUCUCGAACAGCAGGGGGUACCACAGGGCCAGGGGCUGAAGGAGCAGGAAAAUCCUCCAAAACUGCUGCAACCACCACCUACAACAAUACAUCACAACAACAACAACAGUUUCACUUUCAGUGCCAUCAGACAUCUUCUCUUACCGCUGAUGCAGGUAGCAGUUCCGCCCCAGCAGCAGCCACUCCUCAACAGCUCACUGGCUGUGGUCGCAACGUCUCCUCCUCUAAUGCCUCGCUCACUCCCUCAGGCUGCUCACUGGGAGCCAUGAGCCCAGAAGAUACCAGCUUCAACAACGACCCCUUGGGGGAAAAGAUGAGUUCGCCUCUCACGCAGCUGAGCCUUCAGCCAUGUUCAGCUGCUGAGCUUCCAAUUAACAUUAAAGAAGAGCCGAACUGCUCCACCCCAGCUCCUUGUCAAUUCUCUUUAAAGGCUGCCUCUCUGCAGAAACAUUGCCUGGCCUCAUCAGCUGCCGCCUCAACUACAACCACAGCUCCAGUAGUGGCUAUGGACAAAGACAAGAUGCUGCAGGAGAAAGACAUGCAGAUAGAGGAGCUGACCAGAAUGCUGAGGCAGAAACAGAGGCUGGUGGAGUUGCUGAGGAUGCAGCUGGAGCAUGGGAAGAGGGAAGGAAGAGUUUCAGAGCCACUAGUUCUUGUAAGAGUUAAACAAGAACCACCUGAUAAGCCAAAUGUCCCUCUCUCAUUUGGCCACCCACCUUUCCCCUCUCCACCUUCAUCUGUUUCAUGUGACAUGGAUGUUACCAAGGUAACUGUCAAACAGGAAGCUGUUGAGGCAGAGGAUGUUGUGGCUGAGGCAACUACGCAAUUACCAGACACUCGUGGAUUACCGCGGUCUUUAAUCCAAACUCAGGAGGUACAAAUCAAGCCAGAGCAGAUGAACAAACAGAAAAAACAACAACAUAUAUGUCUCCAGCAAACCACUCUGCAGUUUGCCCAGCAACAGGCCAUACAGAAACUUUUGCUACAGCAACAGCACAAUAUUCAGAACCAGCAGCAGACAAAUCAGAACAGCAGUCAGACUCUGGAGAAUCAGCAGAACCUGCAGAGACUUUCUCAGCAGAGAAAGAAGAAAUCUCACAAACAGCAGCUCAAACAGCAGCAGCAGCAGCAACAGCUGCAAUCACAACAUCUGCAUCAACAGUCAAAGCGGCAUCAACAGCAGAUGCAGCUGAAGCAACAGAUUCUUCUGAAGCAACAAAAGUCGGUUUUACAGCAGCAAAAUAAGCAGCAGCAGCAGACUAAACAACUGCAACAAAUCCAGAUACAGACCAAGAUACAUCUGAAGCAACAACAGGUGCUAAUACAGCAGAAACAACCGGCGCAACAGCAGUCCCCGCAGGUGUCUCAGACGUACCUCAACCAGCAGUCAGGCUCAGCCCCCUCGUUCCCACUGGAUCUUCUUAAGAGUAACUCCGCCCCGACUCUGGUCACCGACAGCAACGGCAACCACUUCCUGAUCGCACUGACCAGUCACAUCACAGAGAACCAAAGAAGUGAUGCGCCUGAGACUAAAACAACCAAUCAAAUCACUCUGCAGCGACUACAGUCUACUCCAGCCAAGCUCCCUGGCCACAAUCCUGUUCAGCUGCCUAAAGCUGAUAAUCAAACCAAACAGAGUGUGCAUGAGGGAUUUUUGAAACAACAAAAGACAAAGCCACAGAAUGGGGGACUUCAGGUAUCUGUUGACCAGCCUCAGCAGGAAGUUACUCAGUGUUUGUCAGCACCUCCCAGUCUGCAGCCUUUCUUCAAGGACCAGGAGACCGCUCCCUCAGGGAAAAACACCUUAUCACCUUCUUCUCAAAUUGACGUCUGCCCUAGUCUGGAUGUCUUGUUUAGUCCUCUGUCUCCUGCUUCCAUUAAGACAGCUGCCUCAUCGCCUGAUAACAAAGAUACAGAGCGUGAGGAUGAUUUUAUUGACAUAAUUUUGCAGACAGGAGAGAUGUCGAGCGCCUUCAAACCAGCACCUGACCCGUCUCUGGAGCAUUUAAAUCCAAACUCCUCUGCCUCUUCCACUCCUCCCUCCCCGCUCCAGCUGUUGCUACCCCCCUCCAUCCCACCCAGCUGUGACACCCCACAGCAGGCCCUCUCGGUGCAGUCUGAGCUUCAGACUCUGGUCGGCACCACAGAACAGAAACAACACCUCAGUAGCGUUGGGAGUGGACGCCUGGAGGACUUUCUGGAAAGCACCACUGGUAAGCCUCUCCUGGGGGUGGAACCCGGGGGCCUGUUGACUUUGAUCGAUGACCUCCACAGUCAAAUGCUGUGCACUCCAAGCAUCCUGGACCAUCCCCCGUCUCCCAUGGAUACCUUCGAUAUGGAAGUGGAAGGGGAGCAUGGGAUGGACAGUAUGGAUUGGUUGGAUCUCACCAUUGGAGGAGUGAGGGGAGAGGAAACCCCCACACUGGCCCCACUGGGCCCCCAGACACCCCCUAGUGUGUUUUCCACAGACUUCCUGGACAGUUACGACCUGCAGACUCACUGGGACUCCUGCCUAUAGCCUAGAGCAAUCGGAAAGCAAACAUCCUACACAGUUCCAUGCACUCACACAGUUGCACACAUGCACAAAAACAUGGAAUUGAUUGCUGAGGCUUCAGUAUCUAAUAAGAGCACUCUUUCUGUAUCUUCUCACGCACUGGUAUAUUGAAUCUUCAAGCACUUUGACCUUUAUUUAUUUUAUUUACAGGCUGUAAUAUUGAUUUUUGUACAGACACUUAUUAGGCAGGUCCUAUGUCUGUUCUUGAUUCUUUAGCAAGAGUUUUGUCAACACAUUAGUUGAUGAGACACUUCUGAGCCAUUAACCUGUAGCUUACAUAUAAAUGAAUCCCAUCUUUCUUUGUCACAGACACCAUGUUACAGCGGAGAGAAGUUUAUCGGUUUAUUUGACUGUCUCCUAAUUAGAGCGCAAAUCCUUAGUUGCCUUUUGUAGUACAGAUACAGAUCAAGAUAACAAUAGUGUACCACUACAGGAAAUGGUACAGCUAAUCAAUACCCAAAGUUAAGCUUAAAGACAAUGGUUUUAUUGCAACAUAAUAGUUUAUAGGUGGAGCAGAGAUGUUGUUUGGUCAUAAUUUCAAAAUAUGUUGUGAUAUUAGAUCACACUUUACUGAAUCAUGUUUUUCUUAUACAUUUUUGACAGUUACAGAAUAUACGUCUCCACAUCUUAGACAGUGGUUUGGGUUAAAGUGUUACUGCAAUUUGUAUCCUUUUCACUAUUAAUGAAACUGACAUCACACACAUACAGCAGACCCCAACUUCUGCUUUGGAACGUUUCAUUAAUUUAUCUUCUCUCCAGCUAUCUAUUGUACAUGAUUUUUAAACAUUUCAUGGUAGUAUUAUCUGUCAACAAAUUACAAAAUUUUUUAUUUCUGGAUGAAAGUAAAAUAUUUUAAUUAAUUAUGAGGUAGUUGAUGAAGUUGGUUUCACACAGCUCCAGUGUUACAGUACAGCAACAAAACAAAAAUUGGUUGUCAUCAUCGUAAGUGAGACAUAAAAAUCCUGUUGUCUGUUGCACAAAACCUGCUUUAACUGAAUUGAAGGUUCCACUUUUCUCACGUUCGCAGAUUCUCAAAGAGAGUCACAAGAAGUAUCUCACACCCAUUCUGUUGGUGAGAACAAAUACUGAGCACUUUGCAACAGUCAGUGUUCAAUGCUGAGUACCUACUGUAUGCUCAAGCUCUAAUUUCAGGAUAUAAGAUAAAAGACACUUUUGAAAAAACUUUUGAGAUAAUUUCAUACAUAACCCAACUUCUAAACUUAGUUUAUUGGGGACAGUUUCAAAAAGUUCAUAUUCUGAUGAUAUUUAAUAUUGUUGUGUACUCAGAAUGUUUAGCAGAAAUGGACAUUGAAUAUGUCCCACGUGAGCCCAUUGUCUUAAUCUUUUUUUAUUUGACAUAAUGCUACUUUAUAGUAUGUACAUUACAUAAAUCUGUACACGUUUUGUAUUAAUAUUUCAUGUGUGAAUGUAUUUGGUAUGAAAUCUUCUGAAGGUAAACAUACAGGAGUAAUGUCUCUACGCAUUAUGCGCUACACAUAUGGUAAAUAGGUUUUUGUGGUCAUUUUGGGACUUUUGUGUCUUGAAAGCUGUCAUACUAGUAUAGUAUAGAAUAGUUUCCUUCCCUUUCUAAGAACAUACACACACACACAUACAGUAUAAUUAAAAAAGGGAAACUUCUGCAGCAUUAUAGAUUCUUGACACAUUUAAUUGGAUGUAAUGCCUUCUGCAUAAGGAUGUUUGUGUUAAUGGUGAUAUUUAGCUGUCCUGUACUGUAUCAGUACUUUUGCCUAUGGGGAAAUGUUUUAUAUCAGUCCUUUCCUCUUUGAGAUUUUACACUGCUGUAAUGUACCAGUUUAGACACUGAAACUGUAUUAUAAGACAUGCAGCUUUCCGUUUUAGCUGUGGAUACUGUGACUUAUUCUGUUUAUGACAAAAUGUCUGUAUUGUGAAUCCAAAGCCUUGGAGACUUGCUCAUUAGCACAAUCACAAACCCACACACACACACACACACACACACACACACACACACACACACACACACACACACACACACACACACACACCGAGUUCAUUUUUGAUUCUCAUUUAUCAUUUUACACUUUCAUGCAUUUUUCACCACAAACAUAGUGCACCAUACUGUACAUUUGUAAUCAUAUUUACACUUUAUAUGUGAUGGGUGUGGAGACUUUGUCACAUUUUCCUGUUGUCUGAACUCUUGUUCACACACUGGCCAUUAAGAGACCCCUUCCUGAUGCGUGUUUUUGAUGGAAGUGAUGGGGGAGAAAAUCCUUGUUCUGUGAAAAAAUGUAUGCCACAUUUUUUUUUUAACUCAUAGCAGUUAUAACAUACAAAUUCUGAAGUAUUCUUUUGAUUCUAAUAGUAUAUAAGUUUUAAUUGAGUAUUCAGUAAAUAGUCAAGUUGUGUAUGCCAACAUAGGCUAAUACUGCAAACUCAGUUAUUUUAAUGUACAUAGUAGUUAUUUGAGUUUUUGUUGAACUUUUUAUUUUAUUUAUUUCAUUUAAUUUCAUUUUACGUGCCUGGCAUGAAGUAUCAAAUACACUUCAACUCUGUCAAACUUAUGUGGACUUUCAAAUAAGAGGAAUCUCUGAUUUCUGCUGUAGUAUUUCUGUAAGUGUUGGGCCGCCUCAUGUAAAUGAUUGUGAAAGCAUUAGGAAAAAAGUUAUUGGACGUUUGGGGAAAUUGUUUGAGCUUUUUGUGUACUUUAACUUUAAGUAUUUCUUUUUCUAAAAACAAAAAUGAAUUUGUUAAUAAAAGACGAGAUAAAUAAG